AUGCCACGUUUCACCGUGGCGCCAUUGCUGGCUGUGGCUGUGACCGCGACCGCUGUGACUGCUCCGGCGUCCUGCUGGAGCGAUGGCAGCUGGCUGGAGUGUUGCACCGGGCCGCGGCGGUGCUGGAGCAAUGCUCGCAGACAGCAGAACUGCUGUAGCAGUUCGCCGGAGCAUGAACCCAUGCAGACGGAUCUACAUGUUUGUAGCAACGACCUCGCCUUUCGAAAAACUUAUCGCUUAGUGAAGCACCAAAGCUUGGGCCUUGAAGAGGACUGUGUGUCCCUGGUGGCUUGCAAACCCACCGAAGGCAGCUGGAGAGCGUUGGAGAUUGGGGAGCCAAAGUGCUCCGCCGGAUCAUCCACUUCGCUGACGCUGGAAAUAGCGGACGCUCUCUGUGCGACGUUGGAUCCUUUUCCUCCAGAGUCGUGGUACGAUGCACCGGGUUUCGAACUCGCCCGGCGGAGACAUCGUUUUGGCACUGCAGCCAGGGAUCAUUGCGCAGUGCCAGCGUGGAUGUACUUGAGAGAGGAGCCGCUUCGGUUGUACUCGCUGAUUCAGGCCAAGUCCAAUGUGACACGGGUGCUGAUCAACAUCGGUGCUGGUGAUGGAGCCCAGGAUGAUCCCUUGGGCCGCAUCUUGCAAAGCUAUGCAGGCAGUGGAGGUCUCCCUCCAUGGAAAGGUGUCUAUUUCGAGGCCGUGCCCGAAAACUGCCGUGCCAUACGGAGCACCUUGGACGAUGUGGGGGCGCAGAUUGGCAUUCGCUGCGGCUACAGCACCCCGAAUACGGUGCUUCAAGGAAUCUGUGAAGAGCUGCGGGAUCAGGAGGUUCCAGGCAUCGCCACGAUUUGCCAUGUGGCUGCGGUGCUGGGUAUUGAAGCGACCAACGAUGAACUCCAGGAAGACCUGCGUGUUGAAGUGGAUGCAAUGAAUGUGGACAUCGAUUCCUAUGACUGCGCUGCGCUGCGCGAAGCCCUACGGGUGGUGAGUCCCAAGAUGCUCAGCGUGGAAAUCUGGCCAUAUCCUCCACCGAUUGUGGUCUCAGUGGAUUUCCAUCCACAACAUCAAGAGACCCAAAAGACCAACGUCUCGGGAUAUGGCGCCAUCUCAGGAACGACUACUCGUGAGGGUGGCUUCGUGACAGGCUGUUCGUUAAGCGCUGCCGUGGCCUUGCUGUGGCCGCACGGCCGGGUUUGUAUCGCCUCAGCGCGCGCGACGCGCUCUUCGUGCGCGGCGACGUGGCGCAGCAGAUCGGCCUGGAGGGGCCCAAGAAGCCCUGGGCGCCGGCGGAUGAGUUUCAGUGUUGGAGGAAGCUCUGUGCAGAUUUGA